AUAUAUUUACAAGUUGUAAAUGAUUUACCUCAAUAUUGGUGAAAUUAUCCCAUGUAAAAUACUCGAAAGUCUAGUACAGUACCUAGGUACAUUGGCCUUCUUUGGCCUGCACUUUCUUAUGAUUCCUAAUUAGGAUUAGUGAGAAGCAGACGGCUCGUCAGGUACCCAUGAAGGUCGAACUUAACCAAUUGCAGUGUGACGGACCGUUCAAGGAAUGAUUCUCACCUUGACAGUCAACUUACCAGUCUACCAAGUGUCAAAUGCAAUGAGUUGCUCAACGACUGGAACCUUCCUAAACACAAAAUGACAAUAAUAUAAUGCCCACUUCGACGACUACGAUUCUCCAUUCCUAGUUUCUUUUUUAUUGAAACUACAAAAACCUUAGGAUCACUCGGUCAUUGUCGGGCUGCUGCAGCCCCGUUACCUGCUCGUCAUGGAUUCCCUCAUCAAGGAAUUUAGAACGGCAUAUUCCGAGAUGAAAGGAGACCAACUUGCCGAAAGUCUUAAGCCGGAUGUUCAGAAUAACUCCGCCAAAUUAUUAGCAAUUUGGGGUCGAGGAAAUCUUCGAGACGCCACGUCCGACCUUAACUUCCUGUUCUCCACAGAUCCUUCCCGUCCUAGGCUCUCUAAGGAAGAGACUACCGGGUGGUUCGAGCUGUAUCUCGCCUAUUGGAAAGCCAUAGGAGAGCUGCUCGCCGUGGAAGGCCUGCGUAACGAUGCAAGGGCAUCAACUUCGUCGUGGAAGAGUGUGUAUGAGGCGUGGAGAGAAUUGACACUGCAGGUCAUACGUGGAUACACCCAUUACGAAUUCGAGAACUGGACCAUCCCGUGCCUGUAUGUGGCAGGUAAGUAUUUACGACUGUUUGCUAUCCGAGCAGACCAGGAGAAGAAGAUUGGCAAUGAUGAUGCCUCCGAUACCAUGAUGCAAGAUGAUUUCGAUCCCGAAUCUGAAGAGCAUAAGAUGCUCGAGGAUUGCACGCGACAUCUCAACAGAAUCUUUCAGACGUGUCUAAACGACAGGGCGCCGCUAGAGGAAUCACGCAAAUGGGGCAUUUACUAUGCCAUCAACCUCCUUUUCAAGAGUUACUUCAAAUUGAACUCGGCAACUCUGUCCAAGAACGUUCUGAAGGCAAUCCAGGCAGGUCGAGGAGACAUGCCGACUCUCGACAAGUUCCCGAAGUCGCAGCAGGUCACCUUCAAGUAUUACGAAGGAGUCUUGUCAUUUCUCGAGGAGAAUUACGUACAGGCCGAGCAACAUCUUACUAUGGCCUGGCACAUGUGUCACAAAGACGCCAAGCGCAAUCUCGAGUUGAUCCUAACCUAUCUAAUCCCUUGUCACCUCCUUACGACUCACACGCUGCCUAGUGCUCAGCUGCUCGAGCCGUUUCCUCGACUACAGAAGCUCUUCUUGCCGCUAGGCACAGCGAUCAAGAAGGCAGAUCUCCACGCAUUUGACGUUGCCCUACGAGAUGGUCAAGAUGAGUUCAUAAAACGUCGCAUCUACCUAACUCUGGAACGUGGCCGCGAUAUUGCGCUGAGAAAUCUACUACGAAAAGUGUUCAUCACUGGCGGCUUCGAGGAAGGAAAGGAUGGUGCUGCACCUGUUCGUCGCACAAGAAUUCCGGUGGCUGAGUUCGCUGCAGCGAUAAAGAUCAGUGGCGGUGAAGACAUUGAUACUGACGAGGUAGAAUGUCUGCUGGCCAACAUGAUCUAUAAGGUAUGAAAUAUCCUUUCUCUUCCUUAUCUUCCCCUGUCUCCGCUUCUUAUUCCACUCCCUCCUUACGAUAUGUUCCAAGACGUUGGACGACGUUGGUGGUGUGGGA